UGUCUAUAUAAGCUACGUGCUAUGCACCUCUCACUAUCUUUGCACAUUUGAGUUGCUCAAAACAAAUGGCCAAACUCAUUGCCUUUGUUCUUCUUCUACUCAUCUCUCCGGCGGCCUACGCCGCCACCACGCACACCGUCGGGGGCUUGCGUGGGUGGAACACUGGCGUCAAGUACGACGAUUGGGCUAGUGAACAAACUUUUGCAACCGGAGACAGUCUUUUGUUCAUCUACGAUAUCAGUCACACGGUGGAUGAAGUAACCGAAGCUGACUACCAGAGUUGCAGCAGUGCGAAUCCCAUAAAUUCCUAUCCGUCCAGCCCCACCACCGUCCCCCUGAACGCUACCGGCACUAGGUACUUCAUCUGCCCAAGGUCUAACCACUGCUCUCAAGGUAUGAAACUGACUGUCACCGUCAGUGCGGACGGAAGCUCACCACCGCCCUCUGGCGGGGCCAGUCCAUCACCUCCAUCGGGGUCUCCAGAAACUCCAGGGACACCACCUUCUACUCCGUCUUCUCCACCGCCGCCGGCUGGUGGUGGUGCGGCCAGCAUUUUGGGCGGCAGAAACAGUUUGAUGGUUGGAUUUUCACUGGUUUUGGCUGCGGUGGUGGGAAUAAUGGGCUAGGCAAGAGGCAGUGCUUUUGAAUUUUUUAGUGUUGAUUGUGAGUACAUGCGCUGUGGUGAAUGUGAUCACCAUCUUUCUUUACUGUUUGAUCUAUUAAUCUCAUUGUAAUAAUUAUUUGCAGGAAUAAUGUUAAUUAUUAAUUAGGAUUUCUUUUAUUC